AUGGCGGAAGCAAAUUCACUUCAGACUGGUUGGGAAGUAUCUGUUGAUUUCAGAUUGUUUUUGCUUGAUCAGAAUAAGGGAAUCUACUUGGUUCUUCAGGAUGCUAAUAUGAACAAGAUGUGCUUGCACGGGGCGAUGCUCCAAGUGGGUUUCGAUAGAGUUAUUCCUCUGAAAGAAUUUUCUGUUGCUUCCAAUGGCUAUCUCAUUGAUGAUACUUGUGUUUUUGGAGCUGAGGUCUUCGUUUGUAAAGAAAGAAGACCGGGCAAGGCAGAGUGCCUGUCAAGGAUCAAGAGUGGUUUUAUGAAGAAGAAGCAUUGUUGGAAGAUUUGA